AUGUCACAUAGAGAUAGAGAUAGAGGAGACAGAGGUGACAGAGAUAGAGAUAGAGGAGAUAGAAGUGACAGAGGAGACAGAAGUGAAAGAAGCGAAAGAAGAGAAAGAAGAGUCGAACAUGUAUCGACAGUUCCAAACAGUUUAAAGAAUCUUAGAGCAUGUCUAUCAUGUGGACUUGUAAAGACUAUUAACCAAUUUGAAGAUAAAGGAUGCGAAAAUUGUGAUAGAAGUUCAAGAACUUAUCGUAGAGAUGAUGCACUAGCUUCAACUACUGCAAACUUUGAAGGAUUAAUUUCAAUGAUGAAACCAAAUGAAAGUUGGGUAGCUAGAAAACAACAUAUUGAAGGAAAGGUACCAGGUUGUUAUGCACUUUCAAUCAAGGGUACUGGUGCUUAA